AUGAAGCAGAAGACCUGGCACUCCGAACCGGCACUCCCAAAUCCCACUUCUCUACCUCCCCCAUUAAUCGCAAAACAAGAACGCCAGGAUGGCGUGCAUUGUUGGAAGGCAUUUGUCGCCCUCGUCCCAUUAGUUGCCUCACUCUACGCGGUGCAUGCGCUACUUCAACUGUCGACUCGGACGACUUUCUCUCAGGCCCCACUUCGCUCAGAGUCGGUGGAUGGAGACUUUGACUGGUACGCACUCGAGCCCUCCUCCGACAUCCGAUGGGUCCCCUGCUUUGACAACCACGAGUGUGCCCGCGUCCUUCUCCCCCUCGACUACUCCCGCCCCACGGACGGACGGACGACCGCGAUCGCCCUCCGCGUCGUCCCUUCGAAGCUAAGGGGGACACCCGGCUACCGCGGCACCUUCUUCCUCAACCCCGGAGGUCCUGGUAUCGCAGGUGCCGCCUGGACUGGGGCGUGGGGUGCGGGGUUCGGGACCAUCGCCGGAGGGGGGUACGAUGUGUUAGGCUUCGACCCGCGCGGCACGGGCGCCAGCACCCCGCGGGCGAGCUGCUUCACGAGCGAUGCCGAGCGCAAGAUCUGGAACUCGCAGGCGGGGCACAGGCUCCUGAACGCGUCGGACGCGGAGUCCGUCGGGUUGUACCUGGCAAGGGAGAAGGCGGUGGGGGAGCGGUGCGCGGACAGGAUCGGGGGCGAGGACGGGAUCGGGAGGUUCAUGGGCACGGCGAGCGUCGCGACGGACAUGGCGGGGAUCAUGCGGAAGAUGGGCAUGGAGAAGAUGAACUACUGGGGAUUCAGCUAUGGGUCUAUCCUCGGCCAGUACUUCGCUGCCAUGUUCCCGGAUAAGGUCGGACGCUUCGUCAUCGACGGCAUAUACGACGCCGAGGACUUCCGCGCCGCGCAAUGGCACUCCAAUCUGGACGACGUGGAGGCCGUCAUCGACAAACUAUUCGAUCUCUGCCAUGAAGCGGGACCCUCUCGGUGCGACACCUGGGAGCCCUCCCCCGACCUCAUCCGCCAGCGGUACUACAACGUCCUCGACUCUGUGAAGCUUGACCCCGUCCCCAUCCCGCUAGCAGACCCACCCAUUGUGGUGACUGAACUUGCUCUCCUCAACCAGCUGCUCGGUGCCACGUAUGGCCCGAACUUCGCCUGGUCCACCAUCGCCUCCACUGUCCGCGCCCUCGAGACCCGCAACCAAACCUCGCUCGCCUCCCUCGCGCGUACCAUCGCGUCCCCUGUUAGCUGCGACGGCUGCGUCGCCUCGCCCGCGCCCUGGCGCAUGGGCAACGACGCCAUAUACCCCGUCACCUGCGGCGACGGCGACCCGCACGCCUUCGACCCCGAACUCUUCGCGACGUACUACGCCGCGAUCUCCGCCGACGCCCCGCGCCUCGCGCCCGUCUACGCGCGCCAUCUCGGCGCGUCCUCCCUGGCGGUUCACGGGCGCGCUGCGGCGCCGAACGGGACGGCGAGCCCGAUGCUCGUCGUCCAGCCGCGCUUCGACCCGAUCUGCCCACUGAGCGCGGCGCGGCGCGUGCGGGCACGCUUCCCGGGCGCGGGGCUGCUCGUGCAGGACUCGCACGGGCACUGCUCGUUCUCGGCGCCGAGCGUGUGUACGGCGAAGUAUGUCCGGGCGUACUUCGAGGAGGGGAGGCUCCCGGAGGAGGGCGCGUCGUGCGCGCCGGACGUCAAGCGGUUUGGAGAAGACGUCGGAAACGUGGCGGCCGGUGCGCUCUGGACUUCCGGUACUGUGCCGCAGUCGAUUCCAGUGGACCGGUUAGCCUCAAGCAACGCCGCCAUCGAGCGCCGUCAACUCAUACUCACCGGUGGAAAUUACGACAUUCUCGGCUUUGACCCUCGUGGAACAGGGGAGAGCACUCCACAGGCGAGCUGCUUCGACACGGACUCGGAGCGCAAAAUCUGGUUGUCGCAGGCUGGACAUCAAACUCUGAACGCAUCCAAACCGGAUACGGUCGGCCUCUACUACGCCCGGGAGCGCGCCGUUGGAGAGCGAUGUGCGUCGCGUAUCGGGGGCGAGGACGGCAUCGCGCGCUACAUGAGCACAUCAAGCGUUGUGCGCGACAUGGUCGAGAUCGGGAACCAAUUAGGGAAGAGAAGGUCAACUAUUGGGGAUUCCUACGGCACCGUCUUAGGCCAGUACUUCGCAUCGAUGUUCCCGGACAAAGUUGGACGGUUCGCCAUCGACGGCGUCUUCGACGGGUACAACUACCGUGCGGCCAAGUGGAGCUCCAACCUCGUCGACAUGGACGCGACCAUCAACUCUCUCUUCGAUUCUGCUACUUGGCGGGAGCCGAAAGUGUCCCCUCUGGGAUCAUCUGUCCCUCGCAUCCGUCGACGCUACUUCGACGUGCUCGAAGGACUCAAGGACAACCCCGUUCCCAUCUCCCUUGCAGACCCACCCAUACUAGCGACCCAGCUAUCAAUCAUGGCCCUGGCGGUCAAUGCCGCGUACAGUCCCCUCACAUUGUGGCCUUUCAUUGCGGCCACGAUCCGCGCCAUCGAGGACACCAACUCCACCUGGCUCGCGACCCUCGCGCCCAUCCUCGCGCCCAGCGCCGAGUGCAAGUGUGAGACUGCCCCCGUCCCCCUUGGCGUCACAAGCAAUGAAGCAUUCUACCCGAUCGCAUGCGGCGACGCAGAGGAGAACCCUUUCGACCGCGCGGCGUUCGCGAAGCACUUCGAAGAGCUCUCAGAGGUCUCUCCGCUAGCCGCGCCGGUGUGGGCGCGCAUCUGGCUCUCCUGCGCGGCGUGGCCAACAUCCGCGCGCUCUGUCUGGCGCUACAUGGGCCCGCUCGCCGCUCCGAACGGGACGAGGACCCCAAUGCUCAUCCUCCAGCCGCGGUACGAUCCCGUGUGCCCGCUGCAGGACGCGCGGCGCGUGCGGGCGCGCUUCCCGGGCGCGGGGCUGCUCGUGCAGGAGUCAUACGGGCAUUGCACGAUCGCGGCGCCGUCGCUGUGCACGGCGAAACACGUCCGCGCGUACUUCAACGACGGGACGAUGCCGGCGGAGGGCGCGACGUGCGAGGCGGACGUGUUACCGUUCGUCGGGAACGUGCGAGACAUGCGGGCGAUGAGCGCGGACGACGCGGCGUUGUUUUACGCGGUCUCUGCACUAUCUGAGGCGGUGCCGCGGUGGGGUAAUCUGGCUUAG